UAAAAAGGAGAGAGAGAGAGAGUUACUCGUUGCUGAUGUCAUUAAAGUGCUAACAUUAAUCACUCACAGCAUCACUGGUACAGACACAAGAGCAUAUAACAGGGAUGUUCAGGCAGUACGCUGUCCAAGGGGAGGCAAGCAGGAGAGGGAAGAAAAAGACAUUAUUUUUUCCCCUGUAUGCUCUUUGAAAAGCAAGGCGACAGCACCUCUAGACAAGAUGUGCUCUUGCGUGAAUUUAAGUGGAAGAGACAAAGAAACCAUGCCACCAGCAGCAUCAGGGAAAAGAACUGAAAGCACCAAGCAAUGAAAAUUCAGUCCAGGGAAUCUGAGGGGAAGAACAAGCAAACUGGCAAGCAGAGAUCAGGCAGGAAACAACUCGUGUGAAAAGGAUACAGAAAACUUAGUUGCUUAUAUCAUUUUCGCAGCAGCAUCACCAUAUGAAAAUUCUGUUCUGAAAUUUCCGUCAGGAAGGGACGAGCACUACUGAUUAAGAUCCGCACAACACCUACAGUGCUGCAACUUCUCAGUUACAUCCCUGGGAAACGAACAUCUCCACCUUCCACAGCGAGAUCAGCAUCGAGAGGAACAAACAAACAAGCACACACAAACCUACCUAAGCAACAUCUCGAUGGGAAUAAUCGUCCAAAACAUCACAGGAAACACGGCACUGGUGAUUUGGCCAAAAAUGGCCAGUUGUGCCGACAGCUUUUACAGCGUCAUGUACCACCCUAACUGGAACAGCAUGCUGGCGAGUUACUCGAGAAAAAGCUUCCAGAAGGAGGAGAGGGUGCCGGCCAGCCGCUCCUCCUUCCUUGUUGAAAACCUGACUCCUCUGACAACAUACAUCGUGUGUGUGACCUGCCAGUCCGCCAACCCCUCCACAGACCAGUGUCGAGUUUUUAACACGCUGGAACGAGACCCGGCAUCUGCGAGCAACACCAAGAAAGAGCUGGCGCUGGGCAUCUGGCUCACCAGCAGCAUCCUGCUCCUCAUCAUCGCCGCCAUCCUCCUCUACGGCUGCCUGCAGCUCCUGUGCCGCCGGAGACGAGAGCGUUUGCAAGGGCAAAAUGGGACCUCAGAAGAAGACCACGGGACGGCGUGGACCAAAAGCACGGUGCACAUCUCGGAGGAGCUCGGCACGCAGAGCCAGCUGACGCAGGACAGCGAGGAAAAGCAUCCAGGUGGCAUUCAGCUGGCCACAAUCAUAGAGAAUCCCUCAGCAUGCAAGAAGCCCGUCAUGCUGACUUCCAAAAGGCGGGAACAAGUGCUAACGACAGGACAGUGCUCUGCUGUAAACUAGAAACCUUUUGUCAGGGAGGAGAUUUUUACUGUGUAUGACAUCCUCCGGUUUCACACCCUUUUCCAAAAGCCCACACCCAGCCAGAGGCACUCGAAGGCAAAGGUUCUGAUUCCCAAUAAACUAGUAAUUUGGCCACACACUGUUAUUUAAAAAUUAUGCAUGUAGCAAACAAUCUGUUUAUAUUUUGAAGUGACUUUUUGUGUUGCUUUUUUUAAAUCUAAAACAGCAAAGAAAUACAAAAAUUAAUCAAAAGUGGUGAAGAUACUUUUUUUUUUGCUAGCCUAAGUUAAAACUCAGUAGAAGUUUUCAGAUGGCAACCCAGACUGCUACGCUACAGGCAACUGGAACAUACACCCCGAGUGCAGUAGUUUGCCACGGUGAGUGUCACCCCCACAAUCCCACUGCUUCUCAAACUACACGCUACAAGUUACUACACUUGCACUACGCGCUCUGCCGACAACGGUUUUCCUCAUAGCUCCUGUGUGAACAAGGCCAGUCUCAGCGCAUAAGCUAAACUCACCGGGACUUUAACAGUAUAGUUUCACCUAUCUUCGAAACUUCCCUUCAGUCUGAAAACAAGAUUGUGACUCAUUCUGCGCUCUCCCACACCCACCACAAGGUACCUUCUGCUCCAUAGGCAAGUGACUCCCUGUAGAGGAAAGAGAGGUCAGAGAAGCAGCUCCCGGCCUUCCUUCUCUCUUCCAGUUUCAAUGGCAAAACUCAUUCACCCAGUACAAAUUUCUAUCCAACCGCAGAGUGAAUUUUGUGUGAUGAAUGGGGAAGGAAUUAAAAAUAUGGCAAAACAUAUUCUAUUUUUGUAACAAUCAAAUCUGCCAUUUCAACUCACUUUGCCUUGGGCUUCAUGGCAAAGUGCAAAGAAAGGGCCUUUGGACAGAAAUCUGUUCACUCUCACAACACGAUGCAUCUUGUCUAGCUUAUGUGUAUCAGUCAUCCUGUUUUAAAUCCCUUAAGUGCAUUUGUGUUCCAUAAAAACAUAAUAAAUUUAGUAUUGCUGUAUAAUACUGUAUUUCUAAAAAACAAAGAUAUGCUGUGACUGCAGGCAUUUUAAACUGCUGUUGUUACGAACGUGAGCAUAAAGUCAGCUCUUGUUGCCACGGGUGGUUGUACCUGCAAGGGCUGGAGAACCGUGGGUUUGGCAGCUGCCACCCCUUUCCACCGCACCCGGGAAGCCAAGGAGUCUACAAUUUUGGCAAGAGAGCACCCGCUGAAUAUUCUACAGCAGGCAGUGGGUCUUUUCAGCUACUGUAUUUUGACAACAUUUCCCAGAACGUGUGAAAGACAUCAACUCUUGCACUGCAAGGAAGACACGAGCCGGCACAAGUUUGAUGUGUCGUCUUGACUUUUUUCUACUAGGACAGGUAUGACACACAGAAACACAUGCUGAAAGGAGGCGAGCAUUCCAUUUUUAGAAAACACUUCAAAAGGCAUCUUUAUUGUGUUAUGUUAGCAAUAGCGUGCUCUCCACCCCUUAGACAUUAAUAGCAUUUCCUCCAACUGACACGUUUUUCUUCGUCUUACACACCAGUCUUAGAUAAACUGUGAAGACGACAACAGUUCACUGCUGUUGAAAAACUCUCUUCAGACCAUGAAACCGACACUACGGGUUUAUUGCCAAAAAGGGGUGGGCUGGGUGGCAGGGAUAUAAAAAAUGCUUUAAAAUGAUCUUGUAAUCAAAUUAAUGGUAACACUUCUCUGACUAGAAUUUCAUAGAAAAGAGAAGAUUAUUUUAAAGGGAUGGAGCCAAGAGACAUACAUUCUCAUCUCUGACAGCAUCUUAGGCCCUUGAAAACCCGUUUAUUUCUCUGGAUCUCUGUUUCUUUAUGUGUGUUUUAAGGCAGUCCAUUACAUAUAUUUACAUGCAUUUAUAUGUUGUGCACACAUGUAUAUACGAUACUGAGAACAAGGACCAAUUUGGUCUUAAAGAAGUGUUGAAGUUUUAAAAUUCACCUACUGAAUUUUGUUAUUUAUGCAUAAACACACAUAUACAAAAAGACACACACACACACACACAUAUAUAUAUCAGAUUGAGAAGGCAAGGAGCUACGAUGGUAGUGUCCCUAGGAAUGGGAUUUACUUCAUUUAAAUAUAAAUCCAUUCCACCCAAGGAGUCUACUGUGCAUUCCUCAGAUAAAUAUUUAUAUCACCCGCCGAGCAAUGGACCAUCUCGCACCUGCCGCAGAUGAGUAACACGUAAGGAUUUUCUGCCAUUUGACUUCUCCACUAGCUUUGAAGAACUCGUGACAUCACUUGUCCGUAGAGCUACACUUCUCUAUGUCUCUUGGUCAGAAAGUUUUACUACAUAUUCAUUCAGGUUCAUUCUGGCUAUUCUGUGUUUUGGUUGUUCACUGCCCAGUUUUAAGAGUGAACUUGUAAGGGGCAAACAUUUUAAGUGAUUACUAAACUGAUAAUAAGAUGCAACAUCACGCAAACUGAUGUUAAUUUGCACACCAGCAGUAAAUAAAAACCUUUAUAUUCA